UCAAAGUGGAAUUUUCGAGAUAUGCAUGCGAGAAGUCGUUAGGUAUAUAAGAGCCACAGUGAACUCAUCAGCGUGUUCUUAUAGAAGUACAAACUUUGGACUUAUAGAGAUUUUUAUGGUUAGUAAACUGUGUGUUUAGGAUAUAUAGUAAACUGUGUUAUUGAAAAAUAUUUCAUCGAAAACUGGAAAGAUGUUGGAAAUCAUCGCGACUUAUUUAGCGAAAAUCGUUAUAAUAAGCAUUUGCAUUAAUUAAAAUCGAGAUGGCACCGCUGAGAAUCGUUGCAAUCACAAUAAAAGAAAACAUCAAUGAACAAAUGGAUUGAAAUUUGUAAAAAGCGUGCAAGAUUUGAAAAUAGUAUACAGCUUAAAAAUGAUAAAUAAAUUGGACUUCAACAAUUUGGUUGUCACUAACAAGAAAAAGAUUCAACGCAUAAAGGCUCAUUCCAUUCAGAAACUAGUUCAAAAAAUAAAGAAACUAAAAUAUUUAUUGGAUAAAAAGCCGGAACAUGAGAAAAAUAAGGAGCGCUUUCGCAAGGCAACUUUCAUUUUGGAUGAAAUGAAAAAAUUAAAAUGUGUCGUAUUGAUGAAGAAUGUGCUAGUAUUGGAGAAGGUGCCUUCAGCAAUUUUAACGAACGGAUUAUCUUCACCAGAAGAGAUGGCUGUGGCAAUGGUUGCUACUAAUAACGAUAUGCAGGAAUUGACAAAAGUUUUCAAAGAAAAGUUAGGAAUCACAAAAGAAAAUAAGGUUUGGAAAAAUGAGUUGAUGCAAGCGAGUAAGAAGCAAAUUAAAAUUUUGAAAACCGAAAAGAAACGGCAAAGUCGUAAGAAUUCAAAAGAGCAAAAGGCUAUUGCACGUAAACGUAUAGAAUGGUUAAAAAAUCAAAAUAUUUUACAGAAUCAAAACGGUCUAGAUGAUAAUAGCAAUGAAACGUUAGAAGGAUAUGAUGAAGGAGCGAAUAUUUCUACACUUGGUUAUUGGAAGAUCGAAUCCAUAGAAGAUAAAUUUGUAGACGAACCUGCUAUAAAUGCACCAACCGGUAAAAAAAUUUUGCCGAAGAAACAGCUAACCGCAAAGAAAUUAGAAAAUAAAAGACGUAACGAUAUUACUAAAAAUAUUCGUAAAGUUGUUUCGGAUCCUUCAGAUCUAAUGGAAAAUAAGUGCAUUGAUAACAAUGAGAAAAGCACUGUUGAAAACAUUUUACACGACAGGGUAGAUUCAAUUGCUGAGCUGAAUUUGAAAGCAAGUAGAGAAGUAGUUGCACCCGAAGACAAUACAACACACGUUAUCGAUCCAUUUUUUAUUACCAAUAGCGGUGAAAGCUAUCGUUCUUCAGCGGUGGUUGUACGUAAUGGAAAGGCUUUAAAUACUGAAGAGUAUAACCCUCGAGAAGAUAAAAAAAUUGUUGCUGGUAAAUAUAUAAAUACAAAAGACAACUACAACUCAGUCAAUUCUAAAUCUAAAGUAAACAACAAAAAAAUUGGACGUACCGCCGCCAAUAGUAAAGUGGAGAAAAACAUGACCGCGAAUCUGCAUCCUUCUUGGGCUGCCAAACAAAAACUUAAACCUGUGAUCGGUAGUUUCCAAGGAAAGAAAAUCAAGUUCGAUGAUGAAGACAAAACGAGCAGUAACGAAGAAAUUAAAAUUAAUAAUUCUAAAUCGGAUGAUGUAAAAAGUCAAGUAAUGUCAAACAAGAGAGAUUAUUUUUCCGAGAGUAAAGCAGAAGUGUUGCACCCUUCAUGGGCGGCGAAACAAAAAUUCAAAGCAACAAUAACAGAAUUCAGGGGCAAGAAAACGACAUUUGGAGACGAGGGUGAUGCUGACCAUGUCGGUGAUGUUGUUAAGUCGUUAAAAGGAAGAGAUGUAUCGAAAAAUGUUACUGAUGGACUUCAUCCUUCAUGGCUUGCUAAGCAAAAACAAAAACCAGCUAUAGCGUCUUUUCAGGGCAAAAAGAUAAAAUUUGAAGAUAAUGAUUAAGCUCCCCACCUUUCGUUCUUGUAUGAGAACAAACAGAAGUAAUAAAUAAAUACAUGUAUAUUCAUAUCUUUAUAUUUAUUACAAUUGAGAAUAAAUCAAACGCCCACUUUCGGCACGAAAUGUC